AUGAUUGAUGAAAUGAUUCAGAAUUUGCUUGCCGAGAGCGAGGAACUGAAGCCUAAGUUGGAGAUCGUGCGCAAACGGCUUGAGGAUAAAAUACAGCUGAAGGAGAUACAUCGGAAACACCAAGUGGAGAAGAUGACAACGGCUCGUGAGAUGGAGCGUGCGUACAAGUCACGCCUUCAAGAGCAGCUCCAGGCGAUGCGUGCCGGGUUUGAUGCACGCUUAAACGAAAAUCGACGUGAUAUUGAUGAAAAAUACAAAAACAAGUUGGACGAAGCAAACGAAGCGCUUCAGCAGAUGAAUCAGGCGCAGGAGGAGACGGCACGCAUGCGACUUCGCGUUAACGAGCUGGAAAAGACUGGCAGUGGUUAUGAGAGCCGGACCGAGGCACUGAACAGGAAGAUUGCCGAUUUUGAGAGUCAGCUGCGCCUUACUCGUGAUGAUUACGAUCUGCGUCUCAGCCAGCGCGAUAAACGAGUUGUGGAGCUGCAAGAAGAAAUUGGCCGUCUGCUAAAUGAGAACCAAGAUAAAUUCGACCUGGGAGUUCAGCUUAACACCGAACUGAAAGCUUACCAGGAGUCACGAUUGAGCAUCUCGCGACAACCACCAGCGGCAUCACCAGCGGCUCCUGGCGAUCGUUCUCUGAAUGUUUUGUCCGCUUAUUUUGGAUGGCUUCGUGCAAUAACAUCCAAUUCGGACUGCGAUAUUGAGAUCGAGGAGCAUGAUGUGGACGGCAAGUUCAUCAAACUG